GAUGACGUUUAGUACAUGUGUUUACACUUCUGCAGCAAGUGUUGGAGUUUACAGGGAGGAAGAGGUUACGGUAAUGAAACUGCAAUAAAUAAAUACGUAGACUUUGUGUUUAAACAUACUACUACUUAGAUGUAUCAUUAUUUUACAAUUUAAUAUAAAAUCAAGUAGUUAUGACAGUUAAAAUGUCACUCAAAGCCCUGCCCGUGCAUAGACUCCUGAGAGCGUGUGCAUCAGGUCAUCACAGCAUCACAAUGUUUCUAAAAGUUAGAAAUAAUAUGCAAAAGGGGACGCUUUUUUCAACCGGGUAUGUGAUACGUGUGGAGAAUGAUGACACAAACCAUUCAAUCCCUAACCUCAAGCUCACCUCUAAACAAGCCCAGUUUUCAAAGAGGAGGAGGCCAUUAUCCCCCCUGGAAAGAAUCAGCAGCCUCCUGCCUCAGGACAGCCUGAUCCCAGAGGUGGAGCUGCUGAGAGACCAAGACCAGAGUCAGCAUCAAAGUGUCGAUCGCAGGCUAUUUGAUCAUACAGCGUUGCACUCCGUAGAAGAGGAAUGUGGUUAUCCUAGGCUUGGUAAAGGUAAUGAGAUGGAAGAGGAUGCUAAAUUAACUGAUACUGCAUCCUCAGACGUGGACAUUACAGAUAACAGUUUCACCAGUGUACCUCUACAUCAUCCAUGUCUUGAAGGGGAGACAUUACUGACAUUUGGGGAGUUUCUUGUCGCUGAGUAUCGUAAAAAAGGUCAUUUAGAGUUUAGGAAAAUGUUUCAGCUCCAACCCAGGGCACGCCUUCAGAGCAGCUGGGGUGUGAUCCCACAUGAGGAGAUAGCUGGGGCACCUGCUGGGAGCUUCCUUAAAACCAAUCGGGGCAUUUCCAUCCUCAUACGACGUGCCAGUCUAGAAGACUAUGUGCUGUUUAUGAGGAGAGGGCCUGCCAUUUCUUACCCAAAGGAUGCAGCCACUUUGCUCAUGAUGAUGGAUGUCACAGAGGGAGACUGUGUGCUGGAGGCAGGGUCUGGAUCAGGGGCACUGUCUCUGUUUCUAUCCAGGGCAGUUGGAACUAGCGGGAAAGUAGUAAGUGUGGAGGUAAGAGAGGACCACCUAAAAAGAGCUGUGCUAAACUACAAGCAGUGGAGGACAUCGUGGGAACUGCGUCGUGGACAACCAUGGCCAGAUAAUGUGCAGUUUGUGCAUGCAGACCUCUGUACAACCCCUGUCCUGGAGGACUGGGGAUUUCAUGCGGUGGCUCUUGACCUCAUAAACCCUCACUUGGUUUUGUCCACAGUGAUCCCACAUCUCCAUUCUGGGGCAGUGUGUGCCGUUUACCUCGCAAACAUAACACAGGUGAUUGAUUUAUUGGAAGGACUGCGUUGUUUGCGUGUUCCUCUACUGUGUGAGCGCAUCGUGGAGCUUCCUGUCCGGGACUGGCUUGUGGCUCCAGCCCUUCAGAAAGAUGGAACCUAUUGCUUAAGGAAGUUUCCAACUAUGGAAGAAAACUCUGAGGAAAAUGGGGCUUUAAAACAAGAUCAACCAGAGCAAGAUGCAGCAUUUGGGAGUAUACCUUACAUCGCCAGACCUCACCCACAACAGUUGAGCCAUACAGCAUUCCUGGUAAAACUGAGGAAGCAUGUGUAGCAGCCACAUUGAAUUUAAACUUUAAUAAUAAAAUAAUUGCUCUAUGCAAUUGGCCAAAGAAAUAUGUUUUUUUUUUUUUUAUUACAUAGAGAUAAAUAAUUUUAUAUUUGGUUGUACCGUUUUUGUUCAAGGCACUGAGCAAUAGGAAAACAUAGCCAGUUUGAUUACUGCAUGUGAUUUUAUUUUAUUUAGAAAAGAAUAUUUUCUUGACAGUCUUUUCUCUUGUUGUUUGAAACAGUGGCAGUAGAAAAAGUGCAUAAAUAAAUAAAUAAAUAAAUUAAUGAACGAACUGUUACAAAUAAACAGAACCAAGGGAGUGUCAUGUGCACCCCAGAGUG